UGUGUUUUUGGUGUGAAACUGCCGCUCCGGGAAGAAACAAAAACUCUCCGGAACUGAGACAGAGGAGGAAGAUCACUUCGACCGAAGACACAGGAAGCAACAUUUAUAUCCCCGAUCAAAAACCGGUAAACGAUGGCACAGUGCGCGGCGAUGACCUCCGGUUCUACCGGUAACUGCAGCGGUGACAAGACGAGGAAAGUCGCCCUCAUCACCGGCAUCACCGGGCAGGAUGGAUCAUACUUGGCUGAGUUUCUCAUUGAGAAAGGCUAUAAGGUUCAUGGGAUCCUUCGCAGGUCCAGCUCCUUCAACACUGGCCGCAUCGAGCACCUUUACCAUAACCCACAGACACACACGGGAGGGACAGGACCUGAUGGUUCAGAAGGGAAUAUGACGUUGCACUAUGGAGACUUAACUGACAGUACUUGCCUGGUCAAAAUUAUCAAUGAAGUCAAACCCACAGAAAUCUACAACCUUGGAGCACAGAGUCAUGUGAAGAUUUCCUUCGACCUGGCAGAAUACACUGCAGACGUCGACGGUGUGGGGACGUUGCGUUUGCUGGACGCGAUAAAGACAUGCGGCUUGACGAAUAAUGUGCGCUUCUACCAGGCCUCCACCAGCGAGCUGUACGGCAAAGUGCAGGAGAUCCCACAGAAAGAGACCACGCCGUUCUACCCUCGCUCACCUUACGGUGCUGCUAAGCUCUAUGCCUACUGGAUAGUAGUGAAUUUCAGGGAGGCGUAUAAUAUGUAUGCUGUGAAUGGAAUCCUCUUCAAUCAUGAAAGCCCUAGAAGAGGCUCUAACUUUGUGACACGGAAAAUUAGCCGUUCAGUGGCAAAGAUCCAACUCGGCCAAUUACAGUGCUUCAGUCUGGGUAACCUGGACUCCAAGAGAGACUGGGGCCAUGCCAAAGACUAUGUAGAGGCUAUGUGGAUGAUGUUGCAGCAGGAUGAGCCAGAUGACUUUGUCAUAGCUACAGGGGAGGUCCACAGCGUGAGAGAGUUUGUUGAGAAAGCCUUCAAACACGUGGGCAUAACCAUUGUGUGGGAGGGGAAGGAUGAGAACGAGGUAGGCAAGUGUCAGAAGACAGGAGUCAUCUAUGUCAAAGUAGACUCUAAGUACUACCGUCCCACUGAAGUGGACUAUCUGCAGGGAGACGGCACUAAAGCUCUUACGAAACUUGGCUGGAAGCCACGCGUGACCUUCGAGGAGCUUGUUAAAGAGAUGGUGGAUGCAGAUAUUGCGCUCAUGAAAAGCAACCCAAAUGCAUAAGCCCGCAGGCUAACAGCACAUCUACAUACCAUGGACCUGUGUGUGUGACCAAGAAAGAACGCGCUUUACUCUGUAGAUUUUUUGUUUUGUUUUGUUUUUUCCCCAGGCACUAUGUCCUGUCUGUAAAUCCUGCAUUUGGCAUUUCACAUUCCUUUUAUAAUGUCAUAUGUCUAAUCAUGAGCAUGUGUGGGGGCUCUUAGCUUUUUAUUUUAUUAUUAAUAUAUAUAUAUAUAUAUAUAUAUAUAUAUAUAUAUAUAUAUAUAUAUAUAUAUGUGUGUAUAUAUAUAUAUAUAUAUAUAUAUAUAUAUAUAUAUAUAUAUAUAUAUAUAUAUAUAUAUAUUAGUGCCUUUAAGUGUCAUCAUUGUGGUAAGGGUAUUAGGAUAUACUGAGUAGUUGUAGUUUUAUAACAGUUUACAGCAGGACUAUUUUCUAGAUAAAUGUUGAUUAAUUUCUGAAAAAGGAUUUCUAAAGGUUUAUAUAAGCUGGAAUCUGUCUUUAAAAUAUGUUUAAAUGAUUUUUAAUGUUAGCUUAAUCAUGCUAUCUUUAAUAUUUAAUAGUUUGUUUUGUGUUUUUUUUUUAUAAAAUUUGCAUAUUUAAUUAUUUUUUUCUUUGAUUUUGUUCAUUAAAAGGGGAUUCAAAUUCUA